CUGUUUCUCUCUCUUUGUUUCUCCGGCGACAUAGCGAACCCCGAAAAUCAAAGCUCCAAGCUUUCCGUUCCUUCGGCGGCGAUUAUGGCAAAUAACCCAAAUGAAGCCCCGGCGGAUGAUUUCUUUGAGCAAAUCCUGGGUUUGCCGAAUUUUGCUGCAGCUGAUACUGGCUUGGCGGGAGCUGAUGGCGGGUUAGCUGGGUCGGCUGCGGUUGGCGCGCCGAUGAUGCUGCAACUCGGUUCUGGAGAUGGGUCUGGUCACCUCGCCGGAAUUGGUGGUGGUGGUGGUGGUGGAGGAACCGCGUUUCAUGGACAGGUGUUUCCGUUGGGGCUGAGUUUGGACCAGGGGAAAGGUGGGUUCUUGAAGCCUGACGAGUCUUCUGGAAGCGGGAAGCGGUUUCGGGAUGAGGUCGUUGAUGGCAGAGCUUCUUCUGUGAAAAAUGUUUUCCACAGCCAACCAAUGCAAACAACAGUUGCUACAGCACCACAUCCACCUGCAAUGCGACCGAGGGUGCGGGCCCGACGAGGACAGGCUACAGAUCCACAUAGCAUUGCUGAGCGGUUGCGGAGAGAAAGGAUAGCUGAAAGAAUCAGAGCAUUGCAGGAACUUGUUCCUAGUGUCAACAAGACUGAUAGAGCAGUCAUGCUUGAUGAAAUUGUUGAUUAUGUGAAGUUCUUAAGGCUCCAAGUUAAGGUUUUAAGCAUGAGUAGAUUGGGCGGUGCUGGUGCAGUGGCGCCACUUGUUACGGACAUCCCACUAUCAUCAGUCGAGGAUGAAAGCAGUGAAGGAGGAAGAAAUCAACCAGCUUGGGAGAAGUGGUCAAAUGAUGGCACGGAGCGGCAAGUAGCCAAGCUCAUGGAAGAAAAUGUUGGGGCUGCCAUGCAAUUACUUCAAUCAAAGGCUCUUUGCAUCAUGCCAAUCUCACUUGCCACAGCAAUCUACCACACCCAGCCGCCGGAUACCUCAUCAAUUGUCAAGCCAGAAACAAACCAGCCAUCAUAGACAUGUGAAAAGGGUAUGCAUCCCACUCGCCCCCAGUGUCCCUACAUCUUACGUUGUCCACUCUAACAUCACAAAUAAGUUGUCUUCUCAGUUUUAAAUGCAAUCAAAGUCAGAUGCAAUAGUCUUUGCUUUUGCCAUUUUUCCCAGCCUUUUUUUUUUUUUUCAAAAUAGGGUUCGUUGUCAAUGCCUAGAAGAAUACAGGCAGGUCCUUUCAUUUCUUGAGAAGUCCAAUUAAAGAAGAUGAAUUGUCAAAGCUCACUUGAUAUGCUCUUCCUUUUUCUAUUUUGUACCACCGGUGGGGUUAGUGGACAAUGAUGCAGGCAACUUUUUUAGUGGGGCUCUGAUUUUUGGUAGUGCGUUGUGGGACAUCCUAAAAGGGCUAGAUUUUGUAUUUAAUAUAUAGCAAUGAUUCAGCUACAAUGUUUUUCCUUACAAUGUUUUAUACAAUGUAAUGUGGUAUCAAACAAGUGGAUAUGUAUCGACUCACACAUUCUACCUACUUUUAGUAUGAGGACUCAAAUUUUGAACCACUUGUUUAAUAUUAUGUUACAUUGUAAUAAACACUGUAACUAAAAGCAUUGUAGUCCAAUCAUUAUGGUAUACCAUAUGACAAAAUGUAGUGUAUUUUUAUUGCAGAAGAAAUGAAUAUAGAAGUAGUAGAAUGGAUAAUGGGUUGGCUUUGUUGGUGUAGUCUAAUGUAUAUUGAUGGUGCAUACUUGUUUAAA